AUGGCUCCAUCAGCGAUACACAACGGGGCCACAUCCCCCCUCAAACAUCGUCAAUUAUCCAAUGGUCAUCAUCUUCAAAAGACUAAUGGCUAUCAUGACAUAAUGCCAUCACCAAGCUUCGACCAACGCAGUAUGAACGGAAGUGAUUACUUCCAAACACCUCUACUUCUUGAUACAGCCCAAAAGAUCAUCAAAAUGUACCGAUCCGAGCUCGGACAAAGCUCCGAGAAGUUUCUUCAGAGCUGCAAAUCUGUAGAGGGCUUCUUCGACUUUGUCGCUACCAUUCGGUUGUCGCAGAUGCCACAUCAUGGCAGUCGUUGGGAUAAGAUAUUGAAAUGGGCAGAAUUCUUUACUGGUCAGGUUUCUACGUACAGUGAGGAGGUCGCUUCGUUCACAACGCAGAGUGAGCAGGUGACGAAGAUUAUAUACGCAAGCUGUAAAAUAUUACUGGAGAUGGAUCCGAAAUUUGUUCCUGUCCUCGAAAAGAUAUUUGGCGUGCUUUACAAUUGUAGCAUUACACUUGGCUUCCUUGUCCGUCAUCAUGAACUGCUACAUACAAUCGAAGAGCUACAAACUAUUUUGGUGGCCUGUUACGCAGAUCUACUGAAACUUGUGACUGAAGUCACGAUAUAUUACACCAGACGACAACAUGAUCCAGUUUUCAGUAUUCGCACCUUCGACGAAUUGUUUGGCAAAAGCAUCGAUGAAUUUUUCUUGCACAGCGAUCGUUUUGUGGAUAAAAUUUGGUCAACGAGACUCGAACGUCUAGCUGAGCCUGGAGGAACUUCGAACACCAAAGUAGAGGACUCGCUAUGGGCUGCUUUAGGCCAAAGUCUUCGAACUGAUCGUGGUCAAACUAUUGUUAUUGAUGGAUUUGACCAAGUUUAUGGUGGCGAGAGUAAUGGAUUUGUCCUACUCGAGAGAUUGCGGGCUGUUGCUUCCAAACACCAAAACACCAAAUGCAUUAUUUUCUCUCGGCCACUCACCAAACCGAUCUCCGGAGACUGUUCUCAGUUCUCCAUUACCGCUCAACAUACAACUCAAGAUGUACAAUACUUUAUCGAGUCGCUGUUAUCAUCACCAAUGAAUCUGGGCCACAAGGAUUUCUCUUUAAUCACAUCAAAGCUUGUCCAAGCCGCCAACGGUUCAUUCGUAUGGACUCAAAAUGCAAUUGCAAUCCUCAAGAAAGAACCGACACCAGAGUCCACAAUCAAGCGUCUGGAUAGUCUUCCCAAAGACUUAGGACAAUUACUUGACAUCACUCUAUCCUCAAUUGACCUCAAGGACCGAGACACAAAAUCUGUGCUUGCCUGGCUCUUGGCAAGCGAGAGACCUUUGCUAAUCGGUGAGGUCAAACAACUAUUGGAAAUCGAUACUGCAUCUUGUCAGCAUGUUCCUAGAGCAACUCGCGUUGAGGAUAUCAUUUCCACUUCCGUUGGACCGUUGAUUAACAUGAAUGACGGUUUUGUCCGAUUCUCUCAUGAUAUUGUGAAGCAGAACAUACUGCAUAGGUCAACGUUAGUCGUCGAUUUCAAGAAUACUGGAGCCUUUCCGUUUCACGUCAAAGAAGCCCAUUACGACUUAACACUCAGAUCAUUGGCCUAUAUAAAGGCCACUCUUACCUCACGCUCAGCUCAAUUGACGCUUGGCACCAUGCCUGAAGAGAACUUGGACGAGCUAUUCAAAAAGCAUGAUUUCAUCCAAUAUGCCUCCAGGUAUUGGAUAAUGCACUUCGCUGUAUCUCCCAUGAAUGAAGGAACACAGCACAAGGUUACGUCUGGUUUCAAAACCUGCUUUUCUGACUCUAUACUGUUGUCAUUGAUAGAAGGAUCCUGCUGGGAAAAUCAAUAUCCACUUCAAGACUCCCUGGCCGGACUGCAGCUGGCUCUUUCGAUACGCAAAUCUGUCCUUGGUGAGACUUCGGAGUCUGUACUUCAGACCCUCCUUAAUGUUGCGCGGUUGGGGCACAUCAAUAGUUCAUCAAACGUCGAGUAUUAUUACGAUGCAUGGAAGCUCGCAGAAGUACUCCAUAUUCCAUCAAUUGCCUUCAAAUGUGCCCAGCAAUACAUUGAAAUAACAUCUUCAGUUACGUUUACCAGUAAGACUGAUUUUGUUACGCGCAAAAUUGAGCUUCUUGAGUAUGUCAUCAAUGUGCAAAGAUCCACCAAUUCCACCCACGAAGAAACGAUCACAUAUGCGCAGACUUUCGUUGAGAUUUAUAUUACUAUCGGGGAAACAAUCAAGCUUUUCGAAUGGCAAAGGUAUAUCUAUGAGUUGAAUGUCGCUAUUUAUGGACAUUCGGCUUCACAGACAAUUAAAUCAUUGGAGAUAGUUUCAAGGACCUCAACUGAAAUUACCAAAGUUGAGACGAGGACCAGUACCCUACAGCAGGAAUAUGAGGUCAGUCUUCGAAGAACGAAUGCAGCAGAUUCAAGACGUGUUGAAUUGUCAUGGGCUAUGAUUGAGAAGUUUGAACAAGAGAAAAAUGUCGUCAAAACCGAGGAAGUACUGAUCAAUUUGUGGCAAAGCUUGACAACUUUGACACAUACUUAUGACGUCUCUAUUCAAGAAAAGAAAAUUGAAGUCGCUCUCCGUUAUGUUGAGUUUUUGAGACGAGAACAGAGGACAGCUGAGGCCGAAAGUAUACUCCGAGGUAUUCAUAUCGACCUCGAACAUAGUGACAUUCAAUCUACCACCUUGAUCAAGCACACGAAGACGGUUGGUGAGCAGUUGCAAAGCAUCGGGUCGGUAGCAGCAGCUCGUCUUGUGUUUGGUAAUCUCUGGGAAUACUAUGUUAGGACCGGCAGGCAAGAAUCAACGGAAGCCAAAUCUGUCUCCAACAGUCUGACACAGAUAACCGAGACGAAGACAGAAGAAACGACUUGGGAUGUCACAACGGUUCGUGAGGUGUUCGAAAGAACUAUUGUCAACAAGACUACCAAGACUAUUGAUACCGCCACGAUAAGCCAAGCUACAUCGUUAUGUGCUACAUACUACUCAGAGCAACGAUGGUCUGAGGUGAUUCAGGUGACAAAUUCAACUCUGCUUCGAAUCUGGCCAUCAUUCUCAGGAGAUAACGUCAAUGUGCCCCUACCAUCCAAUUUCACUGCAGAUAUCUUGGAGUUGCUCAAUCGUCUCGCCUUCGCAUACUUCAAGUUGCGCCAGUUCGAAUUGGCAGAAAUUACUUACCGAAAGACAUUUUACGCUGUCAUGGCCACUCCAACUACUCCAGACGAGCUCUUGGAAUCUAUAUCCAAAACCCUGAUUGACUUAUACGAGUCACAUUCUAUGACUGCAAAACUAAUCAUUAUUUACCGAGAUCUUUACCAUGAAAUCGAAAAGAGACAUGGCAAGACACAUACAUGGACGAUCAAGACUUUGUAUUUGCUUGGUGACUUAAGCAUACAAAUCUACAAUAUCACGGAAGCAGAAACUGCCUAUCGCACCAUACAUAUCAACUUGGGCAAAGAAAAUACAGAAGUCUGUCACAAAAAUUCGAUACAAGCAGCUUUAGCACUAUGCGUUAUUUAUGAACAACAACGCCAGUAUGUGCCUGCUCAAAAGAUAUGCAGCUCUCUUUGGCAAAUGCUCGUAAAGCAUGGGAAAGAACAUGACAUCAAGCCAGAUUUUGCAGAAGACUUGUAUCAACGAUAUGCCCGCGUCAUCAGACAAGCGUCAGAGACGCACCACGAUCUUUUGCGUGAGCUAGCUGUUGACUUCCGCAAAGCAUGUGUGACCUUCUACGGUGUUCAUCACGAGGUCACGAUCAAGGCCACACUUCAACUUGCCGAGCUUGACGAGGAUAGUGAGCAGUAUCGUGAAGAGGCUAUAUACAUGUAUGAGGACGCAGAGUCUAAGGCUCAUGAAGCUCCAAAGGGGAAGAUUACUGAGACGACUCUAACGGCCGUACUUGCUGCCAAGAAGCGUCUACCACAUCUCUACUCCAUCUCCAAGCUCUACACGUCGACGAAAGCUAUUACCUUGUACAAGCAAGAGUUCAGCAGGUUUCAAACGGAGAAAGGAUACGCACAUCGUGAUACGCUGCUAUGGCUUGGCCAUUUAACCAAAGCGUUAGCAAAGCAAGACAAGGCGGAAGCGAUCUCCGAGGCCCAACAAACCCUUCAAGCUUCGAUCUUGGAAGUUCUCAAGACCGAGAAGAAUUCCCAAAUUUUAUCGGACUCAGCUGUGACAUUUGCAACACUUUACAAGAACGCAGGGUUAGAAUCUGAAGCAUUGAGAUUGAUUAAGCAACUUCGUUCACAAGCAGUCUUCGCCCACUCCGAUCUGAAAUUUGGCCCCAAAAUCAAGCUCGAGAGCUAUACUUGGGUCUUCUUGAUUGCUUUUGAGUCAACUGUCACCGGAAGAAAGGAACUCUACUCUUCGAUCAUGGCCGAUCUAUUCAUGGAGGUCUUCUUGUACCAAAUGUAUCAACGAUCGAUCACGCAGAAGAUGUUUUUCGCAACAGUCCUCUCCUAUGCUUCCAGGCUUCUCACAUUCUUGGGAGAUGUAGAGGAUGAUGCUGGACUAGAGAUUGCCGAUAAAUCAAAGAACCUGGGUAGCCACAUUCUUCGCGAAUUUCUACACAUCGUUCUUGUCAACCUCAAUGAGGGCGAAGCUGAAAUUUACAUAUUACGAGCAGGUCUCGAUGCAAUAAGUGUUUACAUGAGCAAAGGAAAGUUUGCAGAGGCGCAAGAACUUGCUGAAUAUGUUGAUCGAUUCCAAAAGUUCUACGGGGGCUAUGAUACUUUAGCCAAAAUAGAUAUGGGUCUACGUCUAGCACUUGUUUUGACUGGUAACAAAACUAAGCCCAUCAGUGAUGCUCAACUUCGUGCCUCUUCGGUGGCUUUAUCUGGAUCUAUCAUCAAACAAAUCAUCCAACGAUUCCGCACCGGUAAACUCCAGAUUGUCGAUUUACCAAUUGAACAGCUGAACAGUGCAUGUGCCUUGCUUGGAGAAAUUCAAGAUCUAGAAGCACUGGAGUGGCUCCUCGCUCAAUUGUGGAACUCCCGUCACUCACAACCCUCCUGGUCCUCCUCCACCAUUGUGCAUAUCGGCCGUCUCCUCUUCGAAACGCAAUUCUCGAGCAACCAUCAAGAGCAAGCCAUCAAUCUCCUCGAAGACAUGUGCUACAACGUCCGUCGGGUCUGGGGACCUCUCGAUCCCACAACCCUCGAAAUGCAAAACUUGCUAUCUGCAUUCUACACCUCAUCUCCUACUCCUAAUCUCACAAAAGCCAUGCGCAUUCAUGAAGAUAUACUUCGUAGUAUCGUCUCCGAUGCCGGUGAUGAAUUACCCAGAUAUGAAGUAUGCGGUAUUGCGAUGGCGCAGUUGGAGUUACUGAAUAGAGUUUAUUGGAGAAAAGGAUCGUGGGAUAAGGAUGUAAAUGUAUAUGUUGAUCUGUGGCAUCAGAUAGAACAGGAGCUUGAGAAUGAACAGACGUGGAAAGAGACGGUGAAGGGGGUAAUUAGUAUUGAUAAGUGGCCUGUCAAGAAGGGCGAGAAAGGUGAGAAGGAUGAUGGGGUUGGGGUUUGGAAGAGACCAGCGAGUUUUGAAUUUAUGAAGGCAGAAGAGGGGAAGAGACAACAUUCGAAUAUGUUGAGGAAGAGUAGUAGCAUUUGGGGUUUCUCGGGUCAUAGUCAUAGUCAUGAGAGGGAGAGAAGAAGUGUUUGA